AAUUAGUUCUUCACUUUAGAAUAUGGUGCUCUUUAGAAAACCCUAGAUUGGCAUUGGCAAGCAAGGAGGCAGCGCAGGUGAGGUUUUACGGUCGUGUAGGGUUUGCUUCGGUUCGAGAUGGCGCCGGCUAAAGCUGAUCCUGCAAAGAAGUCAGAUCCUAAGGCUCAGGCCUUGAAGACAGCAAAGGCUGUGAAAUCGGGUGCAACAGCCUUUAAGAAGAAGUCGAAGAAGAUCCGCACUAAAGUUACUUUCCAUCGACCAAGGACAUUGAAGAAGGAGAGAAAUCCCAAGUACCCGCGGAUCAGUGCACCACCUCGCAACAAACUUGAUCAUUACCAGAUUCUUAAGUAUCCUCUCACAACUGAAUCUGCCAUGAAAAAGAUUGAAGACAACAACACCCUUGUUUUCAUUGUUGACAUUCGCGCUGACAAGAAGAAGAUCAAGGAUGCCGUUAAGAAAAUGUACGACAUUCAGACCAAGAAGGUCAACACACUUGUCAGGCCGGAUGGCACUAAGAAGGCAUAUGUUAGGCUGACACCCGACUACGACGCUUUGGACGUUGCAAACAAAAUCGGCAUCAUCUAAGCUAUAGGAACUUCAGUUUUCUGUUGGGAAUUUUUGUGAAGUUGAAUUCUUAAUUAAAGUUUUCUGCAUUGCAGCUGCUUCAUAGAAGUUUUUAUAGCAUUAUUGCUUGACCUCUCCUUACACCAACUUUAUGCAUGUUUCUUAAUAUUUCAUCUAUAUAUAUGAUAUGUUAGGUUA